AAACUGUCAGCAAAACCAUCUUUUUUUAAGGUAGAACGACUAUAGUCUAGACUUCAAAAUGGUUAAAGAUAAGUCAAGUAACAGCCGAAUAUUCGAUAAAGAUGGAUAUCGAAAGCGAGCAGCAUGUAUCUGUGUAAAAAGCGAGGACGAAACAGAGGUUUUACUUGUGUCGUCAUCAAAGUAUCCCGAGCGUUGGAUAGUGCCAGGAGGUGGGGUCGAACAAGACGAGACAAAUGCUGAAACAGCUGUAAGAGAAAUAUUAGAAGAAGCUGGGGUAGUCGGACGAUUAGGGAGAUGUUUAGGAGUAUUUGAGAAUGAAGAACAUAAACACCGGACAGAAGUUUUUGUAUUAAUUGUAACACAAGAGUUGGAGGAAUGGGAUGAUUCAAAGACUAUAGGACGAAAGAGGCAAUGGUUUAGUGUCACUGAGGCGCUUGAAAAAUUAGCUCAACAUAAACCGAACCAACGUCAUUACUUACAUCAGUUGAAAUCAUUUCCUUUGACGACGUGAAAUGUUCUUCAAAAUAUCUAAUUAAUUUUUGGCUACAUGAAAUUAUACUUUGAAAAUCUUCUUUUUUUUAAUCUCAUGAUUUCUCAACUCAACAAUCAAUCAAAUCAUUGUCUCAUUAAGCAUAAAAUAACAUUUUGUUUCAUAAAUAGGAUAGUGUCUUAUUGAAAUAAUGUAGGAUGAAUGAUUUGUUAAAAGCUAAAUAUGAUUUGUGUCAACAUAAUGUAAACCCAUAUCGCUUUUAAUUGAAAUUUGACUCUACUGAUAAGUCGUUGGUAAAAGUCCAUAUUUUGUUUAUAAUCACUGAAAAUUUCCUCUUCUAUCUUUUAAUUUUAAUUUUUUUUCUGUAACAUGAAACUACCAUAAGUAAUUGCGAUAUUAUCAAAAUAUUAUAAAUACCUAACUGCAGAAUUAAUGAAAUAUGAUUAAAAAAACGCAGACAAAAAAAACUAAAUCUAAAUAUCUUUGCUUUUAUUCAGCAGACAAAAAAAGAAAUAAAAUAUGAAGGAAAAAAACAAAA